AUGUGCGAGUGCCAUGCGGCAGACGCCGACAAGUGCCAGAACCCGGUGAACCCGAAUGCCACGUCGGGCACUGUCGCCCACUUUGGCGAGUGCAGCGAUCAGCUCCAGUGCGUCGACUCGUAUGGCUACAUUGCCACGUCUCAGGAAAAAGGCCCCGUCUGCGCUGAGCGGCUGCACUGUCUGCAGGAGAUGAACUCGGAGGCGACGCAGCCGGCGUCCAUCUGCCACACGUGCAUGUCGUGCAUUGUGCAGAACCACGUGGCCGAGAAGCAGUUGGCGGCCGCCAAGCGCUUCAACUCCAGUGGCGCAGGAGAUAAGGACAAUACCACGACACGGCCGGAAAACGCGACGACCCCGCGCGAGACGAGUGGAUCGUCGAUGGUGAAGCCGCAGACAAACAUCGGAGCGAUUGCCGCGGCGAUUGUGGCCGUUGUGCUCGUUGCCGCUCUGAACUAA